AUGUCUGGCAAAAAUCUUUCGCCAUCCUCCCUGAAUGCUAACUUGGAAAAACAUGCUGGUACUACUCCAGUUGCGCCCGAAGAGAAUUUGAUAAAGCCACCGAGUUUCACGGUCGAAUCAAUUAAAAACUACUGUGUUACCAGAGUAACAACAUUGGUUCCAACAAAAGAAUAUGUUCGUGCUAACAAAAAUUUAUUGAACCCAAUCCCUGCUUUGAGAGACAUUAGUGGAAAGCAAUGGUUGUUUAUAUUGUGUGCAUUCAUGGGCUGGACUUGGGAUGCAUUCGAUUUCUUCACAAUUUCUUUGAAUGUCAAUCAACUCUCCAAUGAUUUGAACAGAAGUACAACCGACAUCACUUGGGCCAUUACCUUGGUGCUUAUGUUGCGUACCGUGGGUGCUUUCAUUUUUGGUUAUUUUGGUGAUCGUUACGGUACCAAAUGGCCUUUUAUUGUGAACUUGCUCCUAAUGAUGGUCAUCCAAAUUGGAUGUUCGUUUAUUGAGACCUUCAAACAAUUUUUGGGUGUCAGAGCACUUUUCGGUAUUAUCAUGGGAGGUAUUUACGGUAACGCAACUGCAACUGCCUUGGAUGACUGUCCACCCAGAUCUAGGGGUUUCAUUUCUGGUUUCCUCCAACAAGGAUAUGCCUUUGGCUAUUUGUUGGCCGUCAUUUUCACCAGAGCCUUGGCAGACACUCAAAAGCACCAAUGGAGAGCUGUUUACUGGUUCGCUGCUUGUGUUACCUUGAUCAUCUCUAUUUCUAGAGCAAUGUUACCCGAGACCAACGCUUUCCUUCAAAAGCAGGCUAUCAAAAGGUAUCAGAUGGAAGCUGGUAUUGUUCCUGAGUCUUUCGGCUCCAAAGUGAAGAAAGCCCUCAAGAUAUAUUGGCUCAUGACCAUCUACAUGGUUCUUCUCAUGGCCGGUUUCAACUUUAUGUCUCACGGUUCCCAAGACUUAUUCCCAACUUUCUUGACUGAACAAUUGGGCUUUUCAAAAGACAGAUCCACUGUCACCAACUGUGUUGCUAACAUUGGUGCCAUUGUUGGUGGUUUGAUAGUUGGUCACUUCUCCAACUUCGUCGGUAGAAGAUUGUCCAUCAUGAUUUGUUGCGUUGGUGGUGGUGCAUUGAUUUACCCAUGGGGCUUCGUCAGAAAUGAUGGUAUCAAUGCUGCUGUCUUCUUCUUGCAGUUUUUCGUUCAAGGUGCCUUUGGUGUUAUUCCUGCUCAUUUGAGUGAAUUGGCCCACCCAGACUUUAAGGCAUUCACUGUUGGUCUCGCAUACCAGCUCGGUAACUUGGCCUCUUCCGCAUCAUCUACUAUUGAAUCGCAGUUGGGUGCUCAAUUCCCAAUUGUGAAUGAAAAAGGUGAGACAAUUUAUGACUACGGUAAAGUUAUGGCCAUUUUCAUGGGCUGUGUGUUUGCCUACAACUUGGUGAUGUCUUUCGUCGGUCCAGAGAACAUGAACAUUAGUGAAGAGGUCAACGAUGAGGACCCUGCAGCUGUAUUAGACACAACCAUUGCCGAAAAAGCCUCACAGGAAAGAGUGGAAAACUCCAGCCUCGUGCAGGGAAAGGUUCACAAAUAG